GUUGGCCGUGGCCUCCGUGGGACAUGGAGUGUUCCUUCCGCUGGUGAUCCUUAGUACCCUCCUUGGAGACGGCCUUGCCUCAGAUACAUUAUGAUUUUAAGCUGUCAGGUAGGCUUCUAUUUUAAAAGACCUGGCUGCUUAAACAUUGCCAGCCUCCUCUCACUGGAAAAGCCCCAAGUUUAGGGGGCCGGGUGGAGGUAAGAAGAAAACCACCACCAGAAUAAACCAGCUAGCUCCUAGGCUGUGAGCUUUUUCAUAUUCUCCAGUCUCCGCCUCUCUCUCUUUCCGUGUGGAGUUGCACGUGUGUGCUUGAAGCAGUAUAAGCGACACCCCACCUCAGUGCACUAUAGUAGAAAGAGAAAAACUCUUUAAUUACCACAGCGUUGCAGGCUUCUCCCAUGGCUGGCUGGCCACAGCAUGGAGUUGUGUGUUCGCUGCCCCCAGAGCCAGAGAAUGGUGGCUACAUCUGCCACCCCCGGCCUUGCAGAGACCCCCUGAACGCGGGCAGCGUCAUUGAGUACCUGUGUGCCGAAGGCUACAUGUUGAAAGGCGACUACAAGUACCUGACCUGUAAGAAUGGAGAGUGGAAGCCAGCCAUGGAGAUCAGCUGCCGCCUCAAUGAGGACAAAGAUGCCCACACGUCCCUGGGGGUCCCCACACUGUCCAUAGUGGCUUCCACUGCCAGCUCCGUGGCGCUCAUUCUCCUCCUCGUGGUGCUGUUUGUGCUGCUGCAGCCGAAGCUGAAGUCGUUCCAUCACAGCAGGCGCGACCAGGGAGUAUCUGGCGACCAGGUGUCCAUCAUGGUGGAUGGAGUCCAGGUUGCGCUCCCGUCCUAUGAGGAAGCUGUGUACGGCAGUUCCGGUCACUGCGUGCCACCUGCUGACCCCAGGGUGCAGAUCGUGCUGUCAGAAGGGUCUGGGCCCAGUGGGAGGAACGGGCCAAGGGAGCCGCAGUUGCAGGACCAGGGGGCCUGUUCCUCUGCCAGCGGAGAGGAGGAGGCCCCGGGCCAGUCUGGACUGUGUGAAGCCUGGGGUUCUCAAGGCUCUGAGACUGUGAUGGUGCAUCAGGCAACCACCUCUUCCUGGGUGGCUGGCUCAGGGAACAGCCGAGUGGCAUACAAAGAAGCCCCAGAUUCAGAGAACAGUGACAUACAAAGCCUUUUAUCCCUCACAUCGGAGGACUACACAGAUGAUAUCCCACUGUUGAAAGAAGCAUGAGCGCUGCCAUGGGCCUCUCCUCUCUGCGACGGUCCUCUCUGCCCUUCGUCCCUCUCCCUGUGGGUUUGAGCACCCUGUACUCCAGCCACCCUACCCGGAUACCUGAGCCGCCACCUGUGUAUCUGUGUAUCUCUGUAUCUCUGAGGGCCUCCACGCCCACCUUGCUGGAAACUCAAGGAAGAUUCUCGCCAUCUGCCUGCUGGACAGCUGGAGAAGCUGGCAUUUUGCCUAGCCCGGCCUUCCCAUCUGUGUCGGGGACAUAUUUGAAUGUGCUGGACAGAACUCUUCCUCUCCCUGAGCCCUCCGGAUCCCCCGCAGCCAGCUCUUUGGCGGCAGACCCCACCAGCCCGCGCGGGCCUGAGAGCCGCUGUGUUUACUUGUGCCUUCCCCCACCCCCGACCCCUCCAGUCCCCCUGUCAUGCAGGCUGGUUGCUUUCCUGCAAGCCUCAGUGGCUGCACUGCUGCCCUCUGCCGCACAGGGUGCCAGGCCUGG